AGUACAGUAAUCUGAGAGGGCAUUUUAUAUUUGGAAUCCUCCCUUUUGAAUAUGCUGGAUCCGCCCUUGUAUGUAUACGAGUAGCCUCACAGGUUCUCAGUGCCUUAACAUGUUACCACGGGAUGGACAGGAAACUAUCAUAAUAACCAACAUGUUCCAGCUUUAAAUAAGUUUCAGGUUAGAAUCGUCGUGGUAGCCAAGUAUUGAGUCUGGUUGUGAUGAGAGUGUGACGUGUUGUACAUGCUGUGUACAUAUGUCAUCUGGCCUACUUAAUUGUAAACUGCAUGUGAUGCAUAUCUUAAACAAACUGCUGACCCGAGAUAACCAAUGACUGACGACGUACAUAGACAAGUCGUGGACAUUGCACCUAGUCCACAGUUUGCCACCCAACUCGGGAGGAUCACACACAGGUGUUAUUGCGCCCACCUUCAACACGAGAUAUUCACACAGUUCUCGGAGGACUACGUUACCAGUGUCUCAGCACCAGCAAGAUGGCAACCUCUCAGAAGCUUAAGGAACAUUUCCUGACCUGUACAAUAUGCACAGAGGUGUUUGAUAAUCCCUGUACGCUUGUGUGUAAUCACACCUUCUGUCGGAAAUGUGUCGUCAACUACACCAAGACCAGACCAGAAGCCAUCAGUGCCAAGUCCCUCCUCUGUCCAUUCUGCAACAAGAUGACGAAAGUGUCUGCCCCUGAGAGACCAGUGGAGGAGUGGGCGGAUGACGUCAAGCCAAUCUUUAUCAUCCAGGGACUCUUGGACUCGUUUGGUCCGGGAUCUAAAGACACGACCUACUGUACCUACUGCCAAGAAGAUGGGGAGACAACUCCGGCUGUUGUAUGGUGCUCGGUCUGUGAUGAGGCACUCUGUGACAAAUGUACUGGAGCUCACAACCGCAUCCCAUCAUUUCGUCAGCAUGACGUCACUGACCUGUCUGGAGAGGUAAAGGCUAAGGGAAGACAAAAGGUCAAGGUCAUGUGCAGAGAGCACAGACAGGAGUCGCUAGAAUUUCUCUGUACGGAUUGCAAGAAGGCAGCGUGUCAGAAAUGUUGCAUCAUUUACCACAGGAAAUGUGACGCCGUUGUCACGAUCACGUCACAGAUAACGACAAUGAAAACACAGCUGAGAAAAAUAAAGAAGGCAUUAUCAAAGAAGGAAGAUGAGAUGAAACUACGUGUGAAUGAAAAGGAUUUGAAAAAGAAAUUAGGGAGAGAUCAUUAUUCACUGAUGAAAUCGAACAUUCAGUCCGAAUGCCAGAAAGUUAACAAUCAGGCCAAGGAGAAGGAGAGGAAGCUGUUAGAUCAGAUGGAAGACAUUUCAUAUAAACACAUCGGGCAACUGAAAGCAGACAUUAGGUCAGGUGAGAUGUCAGUACAGAUGUACCAACAACAGGCGGAGCUGAUAGACCAGGCUCUACAAUCUGAGUGUGACAUGGAUGUGUAUGAGAUGUAUCAGGGAUGUGAGACGGGUGAUGUGGAGGCUGUCGGAGACGCAGAUGUGAAGGAGAGAGGAAGAAUAUCCAAGGUCACAUUCAGACAAGACACGGACAAGCUGAGUAAAUCUCUGGAAGAUCUACAGCUGGGAGAGAUAGAUGUCCUGUAUGAGGAUGUGCUGGACCUGAAGGCUACUCCUGUGUUACACGACACCAUUAGCGUCAGAGUACCAGGAGACAGUAACGUAUCAUACCCGCGUGACGUGACAGUGAUGGUGGUGAAUGACACAGAUACAGUUGUAGUCACAGACUGGAACAACAACAAUGUGAAGUCCUUCUACACCAGGAAUAACCAGACACGUCACAGUAAACUCAGUCUGGGUGGUCGACCAUGGGGUCUGACAAAGUUGACACACAACCAGGUGGCCGUCACUGUCCUGAACAUCAAACAGAUUGUAACAGUAGAAGUCAACCCUGACCUGGUGCUGCUGUCAACCAUCACAACCAGCAAAGAGUACUCGGGCAUAACGUCCCUGACACCAUCAACACUAGCAGCUAGUUCCCGGCCUCCUACCUGUGUUGAUAUCCUGGAUAUGGCGGGAAACGUGCUGAGGUCAAUCAGUCCACUCCAAAAUGGUAGCAAGAUCUUACAAUAUCCCAAGUACCUCUGUACCACGAGGACAGGAAACAUCCUGGUGUCUGACCAGGGAACCGAGUGUGUCGUGUGUCUGACCCUCGAGGGAGAGGUGGUGUUCACCUACAGCCCGACAGGAGACACAGCACUGAAGUCUCCCCUGGGUAUCACAAGUACCAGCACAGGUGGCAUCCUGGUGACAGACUACUCUCUAAACAGAGUCAUCCAUCUGACGGAGUCAGGACAGUUUGUCAGAAGCAUACUGACACAGCAGGACGGUAUCAUCAACCCCUGGGGUGUGUGUGUAGACGGACAUGGCCACGUGUAUGUUUGUCUCAGGAGGGAAGGAGUUAUUAAGGUGUUCACAUGUUAACACUGACAACGUGUGUUUGUGACAUAUAUAUGUGUAUAGAACUCUCUCAGGUUCCUGUCGUCUUUAGGAAGGAAUUCAUAAAAGCCCAAACAAUAUUUUACUGAUUAUCCGCAAGUUGCCUGAAGGAUGACGAUGUACUAUUCAGGAUAUCUGAGUCACAUGCAUGUCUCACAGUACAAUAAUCAUCAAAUGUGUUUUAAAAACAGCUCAGAUACGAGACCUGUCCAUGUUAAUCUCUAAUACAUCAACAUAGUGAAGUAAUCAGGAUUACCAAGACGUGUGGUGGACGGUCAUACAUUUAUUGAUUUUAUGUGUACAUGUUAUAAAUAAAUGUCGACAGACCUGAAAUUUGAUUUGUGCAUAUAUUUUUAAA